AUGGCGCUGCUUUUGACGUAUGUGGAGCAACAGCUGGAGAGCGCAUUGGAUACGCUAUUGCUUACCAUGCCGCUGUCGCAGAAGCAACAAAAUAUGCAAAUAUUGGAGGCAGCCAUAGACAGGCAGUGUUGGAAAGCGCUGCAGCGACUUGACGAAUGGGCGCUGGAGGAAAUACAAACGCAGGAUAAGUGUAAUUUGUUCAAGGCGCUAGUGGCGCAAACACCGCGUUGUGUGGAUCAAGCGGCGUAUGCGCAAUGCAUGGAAAUGCUGUUGGGCUGGAUUGAACGCAUUGAUGAGACAAUCGAUGAUGACACUUUACUACACGUUGCCGCACAGCAUGAGAAUGCGCUGGCCAUGCGCCUGCUGCUGCAACAUGGCGCCAGCUUGGCUCACUUCAAUGCUCAACGCGAGCUUGCGCUGCUCAACAUUCCGCUCGAGCUCUUGGAGCAGCAUUUCGAUGACUGCCUCAGCACGCGCGGCAAACUGGGCAGCAAAGACUUUGAGCUCACUUUGCAAUAUAAAAACUUUUGUACAGCCGACGAAUCGUCUGCCUUAGCGCCAAUACUCUAUAUAGCCAAAUGUGAGAAGCUGCACCAGCUGCUGCAGCAUCCGUUGAUUGAUAGUCUGCUGCAAAUCAAGUGGCAACGUCUGGGCAGCUUGUUCUACAUGCAUUUCCUAAUCCUCUUGCUGUACAGUGCUGCACUCAUAGCCCAAGUGCUGCUGCGUUUUCCCAAGCACACUGAGCACUUGUAUUUCAUCUAUGCAGCCGAAAUCAUCUGCUGCACCAUUAUGCUGUACAAUCUGCUUAAUAUGAUCUUCUCCUAUGCGACCACCAGACUACGUCCAAAUUGGCUUGAGGUCGCACUUUUACUGAUUACAUUGCUCAACUCGCAGUUUCUUAGUCUAACGCUCGACUGGCAGCGCUUCAUUGCCGUUGUCGCCAUCAUGCUCAUGACCUUAAAUCUGGUCCAGCAAAUCGGCGGCCUGCCCAUACGCUCCAUAGCCACGCAUGUUCACAUGCUGUACUUGGUGGCGCGCAACUUCCUGAUGAGCUUUGCUCAUUACUCCGUUUUGCUGGCCACAUUUGACUUUCUUUUAAUACUUUUGCCAGAAGUGACAAAGGCGCGCCUAUCGUAG